AUGGGGCCAGGUAUGGGCAUGGGGCCAGGUAUGGGCAUGGGGCCAGGUAUGGGCAUGGGGCCAGGUAUGGGCAUGGGGCCAGGUAUGGGCAUGGGGCCAGGUAUGGGCAUGGGGCCAGGUAUGGGCAUGGGGCCAGGUAUGGGCAUGGGGCCAGGUAUGGGCAUGGGGCCAGGUAUGGGCAUGGGGCCAGGUAUGGGCAUGGGGCCAGGUAUGGGCAUGGGGCCAGACAAAACUGCAGCAAGCAGUCAAUACAAGAAACGGUCAACACGUGAAACAGUCAACACAAGAGACGGUCAACACAAGAGACAGUCAACACGUGAAACAGUCAACACAAGAGACGGUCAACACAAGAGACGGUCAACACAAGAGACGGUCAACGCAAGAGACGGUCAACACAAGAGACGGUCAACACACGAGACAGUCAACACACGAGACGGUCAACACAAGAGACGGUCAACGCAAGAGACGGUCAACACACGAGACGGUCAACACAAGAGACGGUCAACACAAGAGACGGUCAACACAAGAGACGGUCAACGCAAGAGACGGUCAAAGCAAGAGACGGUCAACACAAGAGACGGUCAACACAAGAGACGGUCAACACAAGAGACGGUCAACACACGAGACAGUCAACACACGAGACGGUCAACACACGAGACGGUCAACACACGAGACGGUCAGCACACGAGACGGUCAGCACACGAGACGGUCAACACACGAGACGGUCAACACACGAGACGGUCAACACACGAGACGGUCAACACACGAGACGGUCAACACACGAGACGGUCAACACAAGAGACGGUCAACACAAGAGACGGUCAACACAAGAGACGGUCAACACAAGAGACGGUCAACACAAGAGACGGUCAACACAAGAGACGGUCAACGCAAGAGACGGUCAAGUACACUAAACGCUCACUAUCCUCCUGGGAAUAA